AUGACAGACCUUUCCGGCCUCUGCAAAGUUUUGGGCGCCCCCACGUUUAAUUCCCACAGAGGACUGGGUGACCGUGCACAGCUGCUCUUCACCUGCUACGAAAGUCAAGCACCUCAGGGCACAGGAGCACUCGAAAAAAUUUCGACUCGGGGCCUGGAGCUAGUGCUGGGCUGCGCGGCCGCGGCGCUGAUCCCCGCGGCCGACGUGAAGGUGGAGGUGCUGCAGAAGCCGUUCCUCUGCCACAGAAGGACCAAGUGGGGGGACAUGAUGCUGGUACACUACGAGGGCUUCCUAGAGAGGGAUGGCUCCAUGUUUCACUCCACCCACAAGCAUAACAAUGGUCAGCCUAUGUGGUUUACACUUGGCAUAAGGGAAGCUAUCAAAGGCUGGGACAAAGGUUUGAAGGACAUGUGUGUGGGAGAAAAGCGAAAGCUAACCAUUCCACCCUCCCUUGCUUAUGGAAAAGAGGGAAAAGGAAAAAUUCCACCUGAGAGUACACUGAUAUUCAACAUCGACCUUUUAGAAAUUAGGAAUGGACCAAGAUCUCAUGAGUCAUUCCAAGAGAUGGAUCUAAAUGAUGACUGGAAACUAUCCAAGCAAGAGGUGAAAAUUUAUUUGAAGAAAGAAUUUGAAAAGCAUGGAGCAGUGGUAAAUGACACUCAGCAUGAUGCUUUGGUUGAAGACAUAUUUGAUAAAGAAGACGAAGACAGUGAUGGUUUUAUAUCUGCAAGGGAAUUCACAUACAAGCAUGAUGAGCUGUAGAAAAAUGUGGCCUAAUUUCUUAUGACACAGAAAUGGCAGUGACUUGGAGAAUGUCUGAUUCUCUCAUCUCGAUUCGGUGUUUUUGAGUUGACAGUUGCUGUUGACAAAGAAACAUUCUUUUUUAUAUUAAAGAGAAUUUCUGUUCAUUAUGAAUAAAUGUUUAUUUUAAAGUAUGAAAAUGUACCUCCU